UUCCGCUGUUGCCCGGAUGUAAAUAACGAAGGCGAAGAAGAAGGCGCCAUUUUAAAAAGAGAAGUAAACAAAGUCAUGCAGUAAUAAUGUACCCUCGAAAGCGUGGUCGCUACCAGGUUUACCUUGCUGAUAAGUCUAUUCCAACUCCCAAUGUAUCACUUUGGCGAAUGCAACGAGAAUCAGACAACUCUGCGUCGAAAGAUGGUACCCCGGAAGAUGUCGACAAUUGGUGUGAUGACCCCGGCGCCAUCAUCGAUGCUUUUCAUGAGAAAUCAUUCAACAAGAUGUUUCAAGAUGUCCCUGAUGUUCCUGAGCUGUCAGAAUGGGCAAAUCCACAUGAGCCAGACCCAGAUGAAGAGUUUGAUGUAUUCAACAAUGAAUUUGAAGACGUGAAAGACGAUAUUGACAGGAAUGGUGAUUCAGAUACCGUUGAAGCUGACAAACCAUUGUACGCUGGUGCAACAAUUACUCUGGCAGCUAGCAUGGUUCUAGUUAUCUCAUUUGCAAUGCGGCAUUCGUUAACAGGAGAGGCCUUGGCGGACCUUCUAGUGCUUUUGGACCUUCACUGUCUCACACCAAACUUGUGCAUGAAAAGCAUAAAAACUUUCAUGGACCUUUUCAGGAACUUUAAGGCCCCUCUUCAGUUCCAUUACUACUGUGAACAGUGUUUACUAUACCAUGGGACAGUUAAACAGGAAUUCUGCCGUAAUUGCCAAACAACGACAAAGAAGCAUUCCAAUGCCUACUUUCUGGUGAUUCCGAUCAUAUCCCAACUUUCUUCAUUAUUUGCAGAUGGAACACUUCUGCAACAAAUUUGGGAAUACAAAGCCUCCCAGUCAAAGAAGGAUGAUGGGAUGAUUAGCGACAUUAUGGAUGGAAAGCUCUACCAAGAAAGAUUUAGGAAAGAUGGGUAUUUCAAAGGAAGUACAUCCCAGGACCUUGGAGAUCUCCACAUUUCCCUCCAGAUCAACACUGAUGGUGUUUCCUUAUUCCAUUCAUCGACAUUCAGCAUAUGGCCGAUAUACUUUAUUAUCAACGAACUCCCACCACAUCUAAGGUUUACCCGGAGCAACAGAAUUUUUGCUGGAAUGUGGUUUGGGUAUUCUAAGCCAGACUUCUCUACGUUCCUGAAACCCUUUGCAGAGAGUUUACACGAGAUUUACCAUGAAGGACUGGAAGUUAACGAACAGAAGAUAAGGGGCAUCCUACUCAAUGGCGUUUUUGACUCCCCAGCAAGAUGUCUCUUCAUGAACAUGGUUCAAUUUAACGGCUUCCAUGGUUGUCCUUAUUGCUAUGUCCGUGGUGAAACUGUGCAGACGAGUGAACGGGGCCAUACUCUUGUCUAUCCAUUUGCUAUGGACAGUCCAGAUGGACACUCGUUGCUGCGUACCCACUCAUCCCACACAAGAGAUGGAGAAGAAGCAGAACGCCUGAGGAACUCUGUGAAUGGUGUUAAAGGAUUGACUUGGUUUUCUUAUGUGCCGAAUUUUGACAUUGUUCGUGGAGUGGCGGUGGAUUAUAUGCAUUGCGUCCUUCUUGGUUGUGUCAAGAUGUUAUUGACACUUUGGUUUGACAAGUCUCACAAAAACGAAAUUUACAACAUUUCGUCCAAACUGCCAGAAGUGGACCGGCGUCUCCUCUCCAUUAAACCUCCAAGCUUCAUUACAAGACUUCCAAGAACUCUAGCAGAUGUUGCCCAUUAUAAAGCAGCUGAAUUGAAAAAUUUUCUACUCUACUACAGCCUACCAUGCUUAUUUGGAUUGUUACCAGAGGACCAGUAUCACCAUUUUUCUCUGUUAGUUUAUUCCAUCUUCUUGCUGCUACAAGAAAAGAUCUCUACACAGGACCUUCUGCACUGUAAACGGAUGCUUAUGGAAUUUGUUAUUAACAUUCCUGUCUUGUACAGUGAUCGCCAGUUGACAUCAAAUGUUCACCUACUGCUGCACUUGACAGAAAAAGUUGAAGACCUUGGACCGCUGUGGUGCUCAUCAUGUUUUUAUUUUGAGGACUUUAAUGGACAAUUGAGACGCCUGUUCCAUGGUACACAACACAUCGAAACACAGAUUGCAUUUGCUGUCAGUGUCCAUCAACAACUACCAACCUUAGCACAGGCUCUGAAGUUCGGCAGCAGUGAACAAGAACUGUUCAAGAAAAUGAUGGAAAGGAAAGGACACUGCACAAGUGAAAUAAUUUCGGAUAAAGUUUCUGUUAUUGGUGCGUACAGUUACAGGGAGUUAAAAUUGGAGGAGCGAGAAGCACUUUUGGCUUUAGUAGGACACUACAGAUCUGUGUGCUUCUUUAAAAGACUGCUAGUACAUCAACAGGUUGUGCAAUGCCUUGAAUAUAAGUCAACCACUAGAAGAAACAAUGCAAUUGUUCGUUUUAAAGAAGCAUCGUUUGGAAGGGCUGAGACUUUCGUUAAAGUAAAUAUUGAUGGCUGUGGUGAUUUGUUCGUGGCUGUGGUAAGGAUUAUGGACAGAGACGAUGCUGUAACUGACCAUCAUCGCAGUUCGUCAUCCACUCACAUGGUUCAAUUGAAACCACCUUCACACCUGCAAGCAAUCCUCGUUCAGGACAUUUUGGAUGUGUGCGUCUGUGUAACUUUGAGUGACGAUCGUAGUUUUGUUUCCACAGUUCCCAACAGAGUCGAACGCGAGUGAAAUGUGAACUCUGCAGUGCACACAAACAUUUAAUGGUCUUAUUGAAGUCACCAUGCAAGAUCACUUGGUCGAAACAUCUUUACAUACCAUUAUCUAAUGAUUUAUAAACAAUUUUUAUAAUGUUUAUAUCAUGUUUUUGAUAGACUGGAUGCAUUUUUAUUUCUAAAUUGAUAAAUGAAUGUGACAUGUAUUUGUGCUUUUAAAGCCUUCAUUUGAACACAAGUGUAUGUUGAUUGGGAUUGAUUAAAAAAAUGUCAUUUCUUGAGCACGUUUUCAGUUUAUUUGUUAAGGACAGAGAAGACAUUCCUCAAGAAUAUUUAAUUUUUUCCAAGACUUUGUCAUGGAACAAAUACUUCUUUAAUAUGUUUACUCACAAGAAAAUUGAGGUACCUUAAUUACCAGGCAUUUGUGCGAGAUA